UAGCUGCUACGAGCGGGGCUUCGCGGCCAGUAUGGCGGAGGACGGCACCGAGCUGCGGGCGCUGGAGACUCAGCUACAGCUGCUGCUGGGCGGGGAGCCGCCGCGGGGGGACGGACAGCGCUUCUGCGCCCACUUCUGCACCCUGGUGGAGCAGCAGGCGUCCCGCUGCCGCCUGCCUGUGCCUCAGCUCCGGGUCCUGCAGGUGGCGCUGUGCUACUUCAGCAGAGCGUGGGCUGGAUUCUCGUCCCCCUGUGACCACGUCCUGCACACUGUGAGCAGCCUGGCACUGAGUAUCUUUGAGCUGCUGCUGUUUUUCGAGCAGAGGGACUUCGAGCAGGAGCCGCUCAGACACUUCUCCGUCACAUUCCAGGAAUGCCACUCGGCCCUGUGGAGGCUCCAGAACGUGCACCUGCUGCAGGUGGAGCGAGCGGUGCGGCAGGGCGGGCCGUGGGCCAGCCCCGCCCUGCAGGCCAUCCUCAGAGAGGACACUUUACCUCAGAAGGAAGUGGACGGGUUCAUCGGCUCGGAGCUGCCGGUCUUCUUGGAGCUGCGGGUGCUCUACCUGCUGUCCUGCCAGCGUGUCCCCGAGGCCAUGGCUCUGGCUCGCCGCUGCGCCCGCCACCCGGUGGCGGGCCGCCACGCCUUCUUCCUCCAGGUCUACCUCACGUGGCUCUGCAAGACGACGCAGCUGGACCGCCUGCACCGGGAGGUGGCGGGUUUUAACGGCAAAGACGCCGUGCACAUCAUCUGCAGCUUGGAGAGUGAGGAGGACGACGAGCUGCUGCUGGCGCUCUGCACGGCCUUCCUGUCGCAGCAGCUCCGCAGAGGAGACCUCUACUAUCUGUGCGACCUGGUGUUCGUGUGGACGAAGCUUCACAGUCGGUUGAAGACGCCGAUGCAAGCCAUGCUGGCAGAGAGUCAGCAGCUGAUGCAGUCCGCCACCAACAUCAGCUCCAUCUUCCCCUUCAUCAGAGCCAUACUGCCAGAGACGGGCGAGGCCGGUGUCCAGUUCUGCGUGGAGCUGUGCGCCAACGCCCUGCAGUCCCGCCUGCCCUGCGACGCCACCACCAAGACCCUGAUCUACAAGACCAUCGCCGGCCUGCUGCCCGGCGACCUGGAGGUGUGCCGGGCCUGCGCCCUGCUGGUCUUCUUCCUGGAGCGCAGCGUGGAGGCCUACAAGACGGUCUACCUGCUCUACCUGCACCCCGAUCAGGAGUACCACGUGGACUGCUGCCCCAUCGGGAACCGCGUCCGCUUCGAGACGCUGCAGAUCCUAAAGAAGGACUUGUGCUUUGACCCGGAGUUCUGGAACCUCAUGGCUCUGCGGACCAGCUGUCUGAAGCUGAUGAGCGAGAAGGUGGUCAGCGCCGCCCUGGAGGAGAUCAUGGAGGACAAGUGGAUCUCCAGCUACUGCACCAAAGAGUCGUCCACGAGGAGGAGGGCGCUUCAGACGGCGGAGAAGAAGCGGCGCCACAGAGACCAGGCCUCUGACGCCACGUCCAAGAGGCUGAAGGCGGAGCCCGACGGGAAGAGGCGGGGCUGCCGGACUACCCGGCCGCUGAAGGAGGCGGCGGCCCAGCCGCUCCGGCGCUCCUUCUGGCAACUGGACCGGCUCCGGGACAACGGCGAGCACCGGCGCACCACCCGCCUGUCGGAGAAGAGCACGCAGAAACGCAGGAUCAGGACGCCCCGCUGGCUCCUGGAGGACUCGGGAACGCUGGAGAACAACGCUCCCCUGAAGAUGAAGAAGCACGGCUUGAGAGAGCACAAGAACCACCGGCCCGCCGUGGUCAGCAGGUCCCACGGCGUUCCCUUCAAGAACGGCGUCCGGCACAAGAACCUGGAGGGGAAGACGAAAGAGAACGGCGUCAGGCACCAGAAGGGCUUUCCGUCCGACGGCGUGAAAGCGGCGCCGGCUCCCCAGGUGGUCCUGGAGCUGUCCUUACCUGACAACGAGCUGCUGUUCACCGAGGACGCCUGCAGCAGGCAGAGGGGGAUCCCCCCGGUGCUCCUCUACCGGCCCACCAUCAAGCUCCCAGAGGCCUCUCCGCCCGCCAAGAGCCCGCACGGCAGGGAGGUCAUCCUCAGGGCCCGGGACGCCGCCAUGCUGGUGCAGCAGCUGCACUGCUACGCCCGCAGGGUGAAGGGGAGGGGCCUGGGCCUCAGCGCCCACGGCUCCGUGUCCACCAUCACCCGCUCCUCCGCACAGGGAAGUCCUCCCAAAGACCCUCCACCGGAGCCCUGUUCCAGACCCGAGGCUAAAGGCGGAGAGCCCCCGCAGGUCCCGGCCGCACGGACCGUCCUUCGAAAGCUGUCGUCGGCGAGGGAGACCUCCCAGAAGUCCACCGAGGACGGACCGGGAGCGCCGGACUGUGAAGAGCCCGCCGUAGAAAUGAAGGUCACCUUCGCCUCGCAGUCCCCGGUGUUAGAGAGAGUCUGUAAAGCCGGAGAACAGCAGGCCCCACCCAGCUCAGCAGCAGAGGAGAACCCCCCCGUUCUAGAUAAAGUCACAGACACUGCAGACCGGGAGGAAGCAGCUCCUGAAGGUGGAGACGAGGAGCAGAGGCCACAGUCAUCCCUACCCACGACAGAAACCCACCCCUCCCAGAUCCCUUCACAACAAGACUCAAUAGACACUUCCUGUCCGGCCACAGACCAGGAGGACUUCUCUGCCCUCAUGCCGGGAACAGAAAUGGUUCCACAGCUUCUCUCCGAGCAGUUUUCCACAGACCCGGACCACAACCAACAUCAGGAUUCAGGGAACGGUGCCUCCGAAGAGCCUACCAGUCCUCACAAAGUGCCAUCUACCUCCAGCUGCUCGCCCUCGCUUCAUGAGGUUUCUCUGGUAGGUGAACCAGGCAGCACCCGGGAUUCCGGUCCACGCGUCCCCGAGGACGAAGAGCCGGUGGACAGCGAGCCGGAGACGGAGGAGUCCAAACUGGAUUACUGCUGCACCUUCUGCAACAAGGACUUCAAGGGCCGGCGCGUGGUGGAGCACGCCAUGUUCCACUACCGGCGGGACGAGUGCAUGUUCUGCGGGCUGGCCUUCAGGGACGACCUCCUGGCCAUGAUGCACCUGUCGGACCACAUCGAGAAGCUGAAGAGGCUGAAAGACUCGCCCGGGAGCAGAGUCAAGGCCAGCACCAAAGAUACCUCCGCCAAAGCUCAGCCCAAAAACACGUCGUCAGGGAGGCCCAGGAAGUCCGCCGUCUGCCCGAAACCCUCCAGACCGCGCUGUUCGCCGGAUUCUAACCGGCUCCGAUCGAGAAUGUUGAGAUCCAACAGCAAGCCGGCAGAUGAAAAGCAGGCUGCUCCCAAACCCACCGUUCUCAAGUUGAACGGGCACACAGGCCGAGGGAAGGAGUUGAAGAGAUUAAAACACAACUUGAAAGCCAAAACCUCUCAGGAAACACAGAGCGACGGAGCUCCAGAUCACAAGCUGCGCAAACACAAAGAUGUGGCACCGAAACCCAACAGGUCCUCAGAAGACCAGGAGAGGACUUCCCCGUCUCCUCAGGUCCCCAAGACAAACACCAAACCCAACCGAAAAGCCGCGGAAGAGAAGGCUGUAGCUCCAGAGGAGAAAGUGCACUGCCAGGUGGACGGGUGCUCCUGGUCCGCGGACCUGUCCAAGAGCCGGGUGGCCCUGCUGUACCACGCCCUGGAGGAGCACCCCGGCCACCCGGAGCCCCUGAAGCUGGCCUUCAGCAAGGGCAACGGGAAGUGCACCAUCUGCAUGAGGGUGCUGUGGAGCUUCGAGCACUUCCGCCACCACGUGGAGAGGCACCGGCUCACCCCCCGGCACCCCUGCCUCCACCAGGGCUGCGCCGCCCGCUUCAAGACCGGCAUGGAGAUGAGGAGGCACACCCGGAAGCACAGCCCGCUGCAGGCGGCGUGCUGCCUCCCCGGCUGCUCGCGCCUCUUCAUCUGCCUCUGGGCGCUCAACCUGCACGAGCGCGAGCACUACGCCCGCAAGAGCAGGGACACCGACGGGGGCGGCGCCGAGAACCCGCCGAGUCCCGAACAGGCCCAGCACCACCCACCCAAACACAAGGCUGGUGCCCGAGCCCCGAAACACCACCAGAGCGCGGACUCCAACGUGUUGAAGAACCUGUCCAACAAGCACGCCUCGGCGGACACGGCCGCCCCGCUGCUGAGGCUGCGAUUGAGAAAAGCAGCCAGCUCGCCUCCCAAAGUCCACAGAGUCGUCUCAUCACUCAUGAAGCGCUGCAGGAAGGUCAGGCACAAGUUGACCAAACAGCAAGUGAGCGUGGACAAAGGUCCCAGGAGGAGAGGCCGUCCCCCGAAGACCAGGAGAGACGAGAACACUGCUGGUCUCAGGGAAACCGUCACACUCAAGAGCAAGAAGGGCUGUCCUCAGCCGCCUCCUCCCAGCAGCCAGGAGCAGGACGAUGGGACCAGAAGGCAGAUCCGGGUUCCAGGAAGACCCUCACAGACUCCAGCAGGUGAGUCCAGACUGAGGCCACCUGUCAAAAGGAGUCACCUUGAAGAGGACCUGGGGUCGUCUGGCGGUUCACAGCCAUCUGUCAGCGCUCCACAGCACAAAACGCCAAAGCAGAACGCCACUAGGAGGAAAUCGCACACCAAGACUCACAAAGGUGCCAUUGGGAAGGUCCACAAAAACCAUCAAGUCUCAUCAACACUGGAAAGACCUGUCAAGACCACUUCUGCUGUCCUCCAGCCCCAGUCCACAGCAGGGGCUGGUGGAGAAGGGUCCAAUGAGGAGGCGAGACAGACAGAACCAGGGGACUCCAAACCAGCUGUCCUACCAGCCACCGCAGAGGAACCCCAGAGUCUGGAAUCUGAGGACAAACUCAAGACACUUCCUGUCCCACCAUCCAUAGAGAAUAACCAGAGUCCGAAAUCUGAGGACAAACUCAAGACACUUCCUGUCCCACUAUCCAUAGAGGAACCCCAGAGUUUGGAAUCUGAGGACAAACUCAAGACACUGCCUGUGCCACUGUCCAUAGAGGAACCCCAGAGUCUGGAAUCUGAGGACAAACUGGAGGCGCUUCCUGUCCCAUCGUCCAUAGAGGAACCCCGGAGUCUGGAAUCUGACAAAAGACCCAAGAAACUUCCCGUCCUACCAGCUACUAUAAAGGAAGCCCAGAGUCUGGAAUCUGAGGACAAACUGGAGACGCUUCCUGUCCCACCAUCCAUAGAGAAUAACCAGAGUCUGGAAUCUGAGGACAAACUGGAGACGCUUCCUGUCCCACCAUCCAUAGAGAAUAACCAGAAUCUGGAAUCUGAGGACAAACACAACACACUUCCUGUUUCACUGUCCAUAGAGGAACCCCAGAGUCUGGAAUCUGAAGAUAAACUCAUAAACCAUCUGGUACCACCAACCAUCACUCAGAAUAACCAGAAUCUACAGUCUCUCGACAAACCCGAGACUCUUUCUGUUCCCCCAAUCACAGAGUGUAACCAGAGUCUGAAAUCUGAGAACAAACACAAUGAACUUCCUGUCUCCCUGACUACCCAGAGGCUUCAGUCUGAAGACGAACUCAUCAACCAUCCUGUACCACCAACCACAACAGAGGAUCACCAGAGUCUACAAUCUGAAGACAAACCCAAGACACUUCCUCUUACAACCCCAGAGAAACCCCAGAGUCUACAGUCUGAUCAAAAACCUAAGAAACGUCCUGUCCCCCCAACCACACAGAAGCCCAAGAAGCUUCCUGUCCGACCAGCCUCACAGAAACCCAAAAAACCCAAGAAGCUUCCUGUCCCCUCAACUACCCCGAGUCUACAGUCCGACAAAAAACCCAAGAAGCUUCCUGUCCCCCCAAGUACCCCGAGUCUACAGUCCGACAAAAAACCCAAGAAGCUUCCUGUCCCCCCAACUAUCCCGAGUCUACAGUCCGACAAAAAACCCAAGAAGCUUCCUGUCCCCCCAACUAUCCCGAGUCUACAGUCCGACAAAAAACCCAAGAAGCUUCCUGUCCGACCAGCCUCACACAAACCCAAAAAACCCAAGAAGGUUCCUAUCCCCCCAACUACCCCGAGUCUACAGUCUGAAGACGAAGCCCAGAAGCUUCCUGUCCCUCCUGCCACACAGAAACCCAAGAAGCCCCAGAAGCCUGGUGUUCCACCAAACAGUCAGAAAUCCCAGACUCUGCAGUCCCAGGACAAGCCCAAGAAGCCCCGGAGUAAAAAUGAAAAUCCUUCAGAUGGAAAGAAGAACAAGACUGCCGAUAAGAAACCUGCCAGGGAGAAACGGCCCUGCAAAGCCUCUGUCCCGUCAAAAUGUGAAGUGAAGCAGGACGGAGUGUCCCGUCCCCCUGCAGAGGGAGGACAGUCCAUCAAGUCUAAAGCUGUGAAGAACAGGAGGAAGAGUCAGGUCCCGGAUCCGGACGAUGGAGUCGCCGCCAAGAAGCCACGCAAAGACGCCCGAGCACCACCCGAGGCUGAACGCCUCCCCCUCGCUCUCCAGGGGGCGGAGCAGAGCUCGCCGCCAGAAUGGCCUCCUCCGCCCGCCGCGGUGGUCAGGAGACGGGCGUCCAACGGCGGCAACUUCUCAGUGUGUAAGGAGACCCUGGAGAGGUACAGCAAGAAGCCCUACCUGCGCCUGCCCCCCACCGUGUACCUGGACGAGAGGUACACCGCCAUGCCCAGACGCAGGAAGGAGCCGUCCCCCGGCCCCCCCGAGCCCCAGGCCUGCCCCGGCCCCCUGCAGAGACACCGCUGUCCCACCUGCUUCUCCACCUUCCACUGCGACCAGGAGCUCCAGGGGCACCGCACGCUCAACAAGUGCUCCGCCUUCUUCGGGUUCGACUCCGACAACGACGACUGACGGAGGCUGGUGUGUGGGACCGUGGGAGAGGAGACGCCGUCCCCAUCGUCCCCGCCGUCCCCGGCCGCUGCAUGUGCCUGAGGAGGAAGAAGAGGCUGGUCCUGAAGUGCCUGAUGUGGCGGCCCCCCUGCCCCCCCUGCCCCCCUGCCGUGGCGGGCUCGGCGCUGACUGGAUGGGGCCGGCAGCCACAGAGCCCCGCCUCCUCGUCAGUAAGCCAUAAAGGUUUCGCGUCGCUCGCUCUUUGCACUCUGCUUCCUGCCUCUCACCUCACACUGAAAGCGAGGACUUCACGUUCACCUGGUUUAACUUCCUGGAGUCCAGCGGCUCGCCCUGCUCUCCCCCUGCAGUUUCCUCUCCCACCAGUAGAGGUCAGCGUUCCUCCACUCAGCAAUAACUCAGCCCAACAUGGCCGACGUUCCGCCUCAUUGUCAAACUGUUACUGGGAGCUUCUAUUUAUUUAUCUCUCGUUUUCUAUCUUUUGUAAAUAUUGAAGAGUUCCGAUGGCCUAUUAUUAUUCUGAUAAUUAUUAUUCUAUAAGGGGGGUGUUGAAGCAGGGUUUAUAUUUUGUUCUUGAUGAGAAAAAUUAAAGUAAUUUCAAAUGGA